AUGAUGAAUCAAGAGCUGAAUCCUGUGGCAGAGAAUAACUCUCCUGCUAAUACACUUGUAAAAUAUGACACACCAAUUUUGUUAUCGGAAGCAAUCAAGAAGAAGGGAAACAAGGCUUUAAUGGGGACAAGCGGGAAAAACAAAGGUCAAGCGUUGCCUCCUAUUCAAGUCGUCGGAGCUGAACGAAUGACUCAAACGGAAGACAUUUUGAAUUCAAUACUACCACCUGUUGUUUUUUCAGAGAAUAGUCAACAAUGGAUUCAGUAUGUUUCGUCAACGCCAGCCACAAGAUUGGACGUAACCAAUUUGGAGGAGUCACUCGAUGCACAACUUUUGAAAAGGAAAGCAAAGGAAACUGGAAUAUGUCCUGUCAGAGAAGAGUUGUACUCUCAAUGUUUUGAUGAGCUAAUUAGACAAGUUACUGUAAAUUGUCAGCAAAGAGGUCUAUUAAUGCUUCGAGUGCGAAACGAAAUACGAAUGACUAUUAAAGCAUACAAACAGUUAUAUGAAAGUAGCGUAGCAUUUGGAAUGAGAAAGUCGCUACAUGCAGAGGACGGAAAAACAGAAAUGGAACUAAAAAUUAUACAACUCGAGAAGGAAAAGUCAGAGCUAGAAAAACAAGUGAAAGAAUGGCAAGCAAAAUGUGAGGCAACCGAAAAGCGAGAACGAGAGAAGAGCAAGCAAGAAAAAAAGAAGUUCGAAGAAGAAAUUGCGUUUUUGAAAAAGCAAAAUCAGCAGUAUUCUCAAGAGCUGGAAAGAUUAACUAUGGCAAAGCCAAAUAAAUAA